UUAAAAUAUGGUGGCAGUGAUCUGUGGGAGUAAAUUCAUGACAUAUUUUGGGAGAUAUGCAUGAAAGAAAAAAAUCCAUAAGAUUAGACAAGAACAGCAAACUGUCCAAUUCACAAGCAAUGAGACAAGCUUCUUCAACCACGAGAGGCUUUCCAUGGGUAAUGUUUGUGAUUCGAAGGGAAUAUGUCUGAACCAAGUGAUCGAAAAAGUUUUAUAGAUAUGAUAUGGUGCAACCUGUUUGAUAUGGAUUUUGCCAUUGAUGGCUGGAGGAUGUGGAGGACGAGGCGGAUGGGCGUACAAAGAUGGAGGGAAGCAGCACAAGACCGUGGAGAUUGGUACUCUGCAGCGAACACUUGGCUUGGAAACCGAAGAAACCUUAUGAUGAUAUACCCGAAACUGCAGUAGUAGCAUCCACAU